ACGAUCAGGGCCAUCUUUGGUCGUCCUCGCCGGUGACAGUGUGGACAGUUUAUUCCAUUGGUCAUCAAUGCCUAAUGAUAAAUACAUAAUAUUCAACUUUAAACAAGCCGUUUGACGCACUCUUGCAGAGAAAAGGGAGCCAGAUCCCCGGUUUUUGUGGACUGUUCAUUCUUUCCUUCAAUACCCUUCAUUUCUCAAAGCAAAAAGAGGGCGAGACGGGAGAGGCGGUGAUACAACAUGGAUGAGGAAUAUGAUGUGAUCGUUUUGGGCACCGGACUCACAGAAUGCAUUCUGUCCGGGAUCAUGUCUGUGAACGGGAAAAAGGUCCUGCACAUGGACAGGAACCCCUACUAUGGAGGCGAGAGCUCCUCCAUCACCCCCCUGGAGGAGCUGUACAAGCGCUUCAGUCUUCCAGACAGCCCGCCUGAGUCCAUGGGCCGAGGAAGGGACUGGAACGUCGACCUUAUCCCCAAAUUCCUCAUGGCCAACGGUCAGCUGGUGAAGAUGCUGCUUUACACAGAAGUGACACGGUACCUGGACUUCAAGGUGGUGGAGGGCAGCUUUGUGUACAAGGGAGGAAAGAUCUACAAGGUGCCGUCGACCGAGACCGAGGCACUAGCUUCAAAUCUGAUGGGAAUGUUUGAGAAGCGGAGGUUCAGGAAGUUCUUAGUCUUUGUGGCCAACUUUGAUGAGAACGACCCCAAGACCUUUGAGGGCGUGGACCCCAAGACCACCACGAUGAGGGACGUGUACAAGAAGUUCGACCUCGGCCAGGAUGUCAUCGACUUCACCGGCCACGCCCUGGCCCUCUACAGGACGGACGACUAUCUUGAUGUUCCCUGUUUGGAGACGAUCAAUCGCAUCAAGCUGUACAGUGAAUCGCUGGCACGAUAUGGGAAGAGCCCCUACCUCUACCCGCUGUACGGUCUUGGAGAGCUGCCGCAGGGAUUUGCCAGAUUGAGCGCAAUCUACGGAGGCACCUACAUGCUGAACAAACCAGUGGAGGAGAUAGUGAUGGAAGACGGCCAUGUUGUUGGAGUGAAGUCUGAAGGAGAGGUGGCUCGUUGUAAGCAGCUCAUCUGCGAUCCCAGCUACAUCCCAGACCGCGUCCGCAAGGCGGGUCAGGUGAUCCGUGUGAUCUGCGUCCUCAGCCACCCGAUCAAAAACACCAACGACGCCAACUCCUGCCAGAUCAUCAUUCCUCAGAAUCAGGUUAACCGCAACUCAGACAUCUACGUGUGCAUGAUCUCCUAUGCUCACAACGUGGCAGCCCAGGGGAAGUACAUCGCCAUCAUCAGCACCACGGUGGAGACCGGCGAGCCCGAGGCGGAGAUCGAGCCUGCUCUGGAGCUGCUGGAGCCCAUCGACCAAAAGUUUGUGGCUAUUAGUGACCUGUAUGAGCCCACAGAUGAUGGUACUGAGAGCCAGGUCUUCGCCUCAAGCUCCUACGAUGCCACCACUCACUUCGAGACCACCUGCAACGACAUCAAGGACAUCUACAAACGCAUGACCGGCAGCGACUUUGACUUUGAGAACAUGAAGCGCAAACAGAACGACGUGUUUGGGGAGGAUGAGCAGUGAGCGGUAGAGGCGCUCCAGAGAGAGGGCGGGGCCUGGGAGAGGAGGCGGGGCUUAAAAAGAGGCAGCGGGUACGUUAGAAGGCCUUUAGUGGGGGGAGAGGGUGUGUUUCUGUUUCUGGCCUCACUUUCCCUUACGUCCCUCUCUCUUGACACGCUCACAAACACACACACACACACACACACACACACACACACACACACACACACACACACACACACACACACACACCACACACACACGCACACACGCUGUUCAAAUACUCACACUCCUUAUCUCUGUCACUGUAAAGCAGGGUUGAUAUGGUCUUUCAUUCCAUUGUAGAAUUUACAGUAUAACCACGUCUUAAAUAUUAUCAUUAGAGGUGAACUUAUUAAUUGUUGUCGGCGAUUUUCAGAGCAUUUUCAUUCUUUCUGUAACGGGUUUCUCCUCGUGUCAGAGGUCGUCGGGUGGUUGGAUGGAGGAUUGGCGGCAUUGAGAAGUCUGACAUGGGACACCUGUAAUGGCUUAUAGUGUAGAAACCAGUUAAGAUGCAUGCAUCUUUUACACACAGUAGUAUUGUACAUAGACGACACUGCGGUAUGAAGGCUGGACCAUUCCACGCAUCGCUCCUGUCAACCCUGCUUUCACUUUUCUCUUACCUGGUCUUUUACCUGUGUUUUUCGUCAAAAGACUCCUUUUGGCAAAAAAAUCUGUUGGUCAGACAAAAAAAUGUGAUGAAAAAUGACAUAUACAUGGGCUGUCUGUCAGCUGAUAGUGCUCACUUUGCAAUGCUGUUGUGUUCCCUGUGCUAGCAGGCAAGCUAACCAGUGGCUAUUAACCGUUCACCCCGAAAAAAAAAACCCAACCUUUGUUUAUCUCUGUUGUGUAAUGUCAAUUUGAAUAGUUUACUUUCUAACAAUUUUUAAAUUAUUGAAGAGCUUUUAUUUCUCUAUAUAUUUGGUGCACAUUUCACUGGCUGAAGUUAUGAAGUUUACAGAUCUGAGGUUGAAACUGUGGUCUUAAAGUAAAAUAAAAAAAGGGAAUGUCAGGAGCAAAAGAGACAGGAAGAGGCUUUCUCUGAAGUAUUCUGGGAGAUCUGGAAUGAGUGAGGAAAACAUAUUAGGGAAAAUGAUGUGAGGAAGUGUGAGGGACAAGAAUGUUUGCAGGGAAUGUUUUGGAUUUUGGAAGGUUUCGCUUUUAAAGUGAAGAGGGUGAAGACUGAAAUUUCGGCUCAUAGUGAAAGCACCAGAGUGUGUCUUGGUUGUUUCAACCCUUGUGUGUGUCCUUUAGGUAAGUCACUCCUCUAGGGACUAAAAAUCCUAUGAAAAAUUGUAGUUGUUAAAUAGAGGGAAAAGCUGGAGACUCCCGUAACUUUAAAAGACUUUGUAGCAAAGGUGAGAAGCCACAGUUCAGGUGCUGCCCCACGAGAACGAAACCAAGAUGCUUUUAUUUGGUUGUAGCCUUAAUUUUUGGGGUCUUAAUAGAAUAUUUAGACCCGGUUAAAAAAUGACUGCUUUGUUUUUUAACUAACCGUUAGUGGCAGGUCACUCUAGUGCCAAAAAUGGUGUGGCUGUUAUUGGCAAAAGUGGCUGACAAAGUGCAGUUUGUUGGUGCGUGUUGCUCUGCAGAUCUGACUGAAUACUAUAGAAGGGAUCUUGUUUUCUAUCAGCUGUUGUUGAGAGGAGGCAGUUCCUUAAAUCUCACUUGCAGUUGGAUUGAUCUGCAGCUUGUUACACAACUAACAGACAGACGAGACGCCCCGAUUGUUUUUAUUUGAAACACUGAAGCAGUUCCAUCUCACUAGAUCCAACACUUAGCAACUCUAAACAUAGUAGUCUCGCUGUUUGGGGUGUUGACGUGUCUUAUUGUUAUGCUCUAUUUAUUUCAAUUUCACUGACGUAUUGUGGAAAAGGUUUACGCCGAAUAUGCUAUGCUAUUAGAUUUUGUUCUGAUGAUAAAAACGGAAAAGUGAUGCACACAGAAAAUCCCUUGUUUUUUGUUUGUUUGUUAUUUGCUGUGUUAUGUUUACCUUAUUCAGUGAUCAUUCCAGUGCUGCAUCAUGAUUUAAUAUAAUAAGAAACAGGUUUCGAUGGGAGGAUAUCAGCAGCAGCCAUCAGUUAUUUAGAAAUUAAAACCUAUACAGCGGUGUGUUUCAACAUUGUGUGUGGUCUUCAUCCUGGAAACGUGUCAUUGGAUUAAAAACUGUAAUAAUGUUUACUCUUCGAUAUAUCCAAAGCCCUCCCUCCCUUUCCCCUUCCUCAGCAUCAGAUAGUCUUCUCAUUUUUAUGUAUUGAAAACAAAAGCCUCAUUUGUGGUCGUACUGUUUUAAUUUCCCAUCCAGUUUGGCCUGUUUUGGAAACCACUAUUGACAAUAUCCCUUGAAAAUUUACAAAAGAUACAAACAGUUAAGGCUGAGUAGUAGAAACACUUACUGUCCUUGUUCGAUCACUAGUAUGUGAGCAAUGCCUAAUGUCUUGUGUAACAAAUAAAAAACGAAUUAAACUAUGAAUGAAAUGAUAGAAAAAUAAAAAGCACAUGGCAAACCUGGAAAGACCCUGAAA